UAAUUAAAAAAACCCCGGUUAAUUUUGACUGAUUUAAAGGAAAAAAAUGACAGAAUUUCUUUUUCCGGAAAGCAAGGAAUUGGGCUGAGGGGGUCGAACACAAAAAAUCGGAGAUCACAUUUUUUACACCCUGAUGUACCACCUAUACUAUUUACUGUCGAUAAAGAAGAGGUCUCGACUUAACGUUGACUUACGCCUGCUGACAGGCAAUCAAUUUCACUUAAUAGUCUCUUUAAAAUUUUAAUCUUACGAGAAAAAAGUUUUAAAAUAAAGAACGGAAGUCGAUUUGAUUGAACAUGCAGAUCCGAUUUCUUUCUCGCGCCGCAGGUUACCAGUGACUCCACUCUACAUAAUAUCAUUAUUUUCAUGGCCCGGCCCAUAUCUUCUGCUUCUGCUUACCUUCUGCACCGGCGCAUGCGGUUUUGAGCUCGGCCAGUAUCUCCCGUCUGUGUCAUGGAUUCCGAGGAUUGUCCGCGGGCAAACGUACACGGAAUCACAUCAUUUUAUAUGUGAAAAACGAUCUCUCCGAUUCAACAAGUUUGUACGAUAAACAAUGCGCGUACAUUCGAUAGUGAAGUGAUGUCAAAUCUGCGUUCCAAUCAUUCGAGUUCCUGGAAUCAUCACCUCAAAAUGAGCCCGACCAUCAUGACGGGACCCUGUCCUUCUGUCAUACGAGGGAGAAAUUCCGUGGAUAAUGGGAAUAGCAAUAUUAAUUUGAAUGUCAGUAUCAAUGGAAAUGGCAACGUCAACGCCAAAGGAAAUCAAAUAGGAUCGUCAAUCGUAAUAAAAGCGGAAGACUGCAAUGAUCCUCUUCGAAUCGAUCCCUGCAGUCAAGAUGUUCCUGGCUUAAGUGGAGAAUCGAACUCUGGAUGCAGACAAAAGACAAGCAAAGAGUCAUUUCAAGAUAAUGAGAAGAAACCCGAGAAUGUUGACGUCACAUCCGACGGAGACCCAAUCAAGCUUCCAGAAAAUUUGGAAACCUUGCCCCGAGCCGAGCACUUUCCUACCCAAAGGCAUCGAUGGAAUACCAACGAGGAGAUUGCUGCUAUCCUAAUUAAUUUUCAAAGGCACGGAGAAUGGCAGAGUCGCGAGGCAAAAGUGAGACCGCGAAGCGGUUCGAUGUUGUUAUUUUCAAGGAAAAAAGUGCGAUAUCGGCGAGAUGGCUAUUGUUGGAAAAAAAGAAAAGACGGAAAAACAACAAGGGAGGAUCACAUGAAGCUAAAGGUCCAGGGCGUGGAGUGUAUAUAUGGGUGCUACGUACAUUCAGCAAUUCUGCCAACUUUCCAUCGACGAUGCUAUUGGCUUUUGCAGAACCCGGACGUUGUCCUAGUCCAUUAUCUCAAUGUUCCUUAUCCCGACGGGGAUGCGAAAUUGGCGGCACUACCGCCGUGUCUCGCCUUGCCGCCAGAUAAAAAAGAAUGGACGCGAGACGAAUUGGCGUCCCAAUUAAGGCCCAUGUUCCUUGGUGGAGAUGAUGAUCCCAAUAAUCCUCAUCUCUCCCAACACUCUAAUCAUCCCGUCGACAUGAUCGUCUCUCAGCUGUUAGAUAGGCAAAGGGCGUCUUCCGUUUCGGCGACCAGCAGCGCUCAAAUUGCUCCCAGGAGGCUCACCCCUGACAAUCAGGUCUCAUCGACGACUGGAGGUCAACAGUCAAACUCGACGACGUCGACAGCUCCUCGCGUAUACUCGAGACAUUCCCACUCAACUCAGAGCCAGCAACAGGCUCCUCUAGUCUUAAGUCUGCAACAAAUCCAAGGUGGAGGUGGACUCCUCAUUCUCAACAGUCAACCAUAUCAUCAUCAACAACAGCAACAACAGUCAGUGCCACAGUCCAAUCAGCAAGUUGAGAUGCAGCAAGUUCCGGACCAGAAGAUCGUGCAACAAAUCGGUGUCGAUCGGGAACAGCAAACUCAGCAGGAUAUUGACACUAAAGACAAUAUCGAUGUUCAGUCUCUUUCGAAUUCCCGAAGUGGUUCCGGCGUCACUGACUUUGCGGAAACACUGGACCUCAGUCAAGAGGAUAUUCAACGAACCUUGUCUGCAAACAUGGUUCCGCCUUCACCAUCUCCAUCCCCCGCCGACAACAUCAUCAAUCCGAUGGACUUUAUUGAUUCGCCGGACGAUGUGCUAGUCAAUCUCGAUGCGUUUGAUGUCUUUGGGGACCUCCCGGAGCUUCACGACUUCGAGGCUGAACAUACCAAGACGGAGGAGAGGAGUGAAAAUGACAACGCUUGUCAUCCAGGAACGGCCGUCCAUAUUGCUGAAUACAGUCCCGAGUGGAGUUACACCGAGGGAGGUGUCAAGGUGCUAGUGGCAGGACCCUGGACAGGAGGCAGUAGUUCGCAAUCCUAUUCGGUUCUUUUCGAUGCAGAACCAGUGGAAGCUUGCCUCGUUCAGCCAGGCGUCCUGCGAUGUCGAUGCCCCGCUCAUGGUCCGGGAAUAGCAUAUUUACAAGUUGCUUGUGAUGGUUUUGUAGUCUCUGAUAGUGUCGCCUUUGAAUACCGAAGACCUCCAAUAUCCGAACCCAGUCCAGAAAAAGCUUUACUCGAUCGCCUCGCAGAUGUGGAGGCUCGUCUUCAAGGUCCCGGACCACCAUCGCCUGCUGCUCAUCUUGAAGAACGUCUUGUUGCGUAUUGUCAGGAUGCAGUUGUUCGACCUUGGCGUACUGGGGCAGAGCCUCUUCAAUCUGGAGGUCCGACUCUCUUGCACUUGGCAGCAGGACUUGGUUAUUCUAGGUUAGCUUGUGCACUUCUUCACUGGAGAGCUGAAAAUCCAAGUAGCGUUUUAGACGCAGAAGUCGACGCUUUGCGUCAAGACGCCGCUGGAUUGACGCCCCUAGCCUGGGCCUGUGCAGCUGGUCAUGCUGAUACAGCCAGGAUCCUCUACCGAUGGAACGCAAUGGCGCUGCGUGUCAGAGAUUGUCAGAACAGGAGUGCCACCGAAUUGGCUGCGGAGAAUGGCCACAUGGCGAUCGCCGAAGAGCUGAAUCGGUUGGAGGCUAGGAGGCAAGACGAGAGGCUAUUUUUGCGGCCCGCCAGCCCUAUUCCUAGGAGGCCUUCUCAAGAUAGCGGUCUCGAUCUGGCGCUGUGUAGUUCCCCGCUCCUGGACAACAUGGAUUUGUUGCAAGAGGAUGAGACAUCCUUAGGCCUCGGCCAGCAAGGAAUGGAGAGCAUUCCAACCCCUCGGGAGACCGUAGGGGAGGAAGACGCGAGGGUCCUGACUUUGGCAGAGCAAAUUAUAGCCGCUCUUCCGGAGAGGAUCAAGAGGGCGGAGGGCGAUCCUCCAUCUCCAUCUUCGCCACCUCCACCUCCACCCUUACCACCUCUCGAGGACGCAUUGAUGGAGCAAAUGCCACUAGACUCGGGUGAGUUGUUCGACUCGUAUCGGGAGUGCAGCGGCGGUGCGGCCUCCGUUUCGGAUGUGGACGCCGAUGCGAGUCCAUCAAGUCCAUCGAGCAGUUGCUUGACGCCGGACUCGCCGUCGCCACCGCCGACAACCGCAGACUUCUGCGAGUUCCUGCAGCUGCAGCUGCAGCUCGACGGUGGCAACGGCCAUAAUGGCCAAUAUCGUUAUGGCGGAGAGAGGAAAUUUGGGACUGGGAUGAAUGUGGGAGCGGGUGGGUCGGGAUCGGGAGAUGGAAGCGAGGCUGACUUAAGUAGGCUUACUUUAUCGGAUCGGGAGCAACGGGAACUCUAUCAAGCAGCCAGAAUGAUACAAAAAGCCUACAGGAGUUACAAGGGUCGUCAACGUCAGGAAGAGGCUGAAAGACAUGCGGCGGUUCUCAUUCAGCAAUACUAUCGCCGGCACAAGCAGUGUGCCUAUUACAGGCAGGCCACGAAGGCCGCUUUGGUAAUUCAGAGCAACUACAGAAAUUACCGCGCUCGUCCUGGAUCCUCCGGAACGAGACAACAGGCGGUUCAUCAACAAGCUGCUCACCAAGCUGCUCGUAAGAUCCAGCAGUUUAUGCGACAAUCCAAAGUCAAACUGCAGAACGCCAGGGCCGCCGCAAACGGGAACGGGAGGCAGCCAGUGCCCACUUCACGGGGGGCUGCUGCCCCCCAAAACUCGCCCUCAUCUAGCCCAGGGGCCAGCCUAGUAGCUGCCAACACAGAUGUCACGUAGUCAACAGCGAAUGUCAGACAGACAGCAAAGAAUUUCGACAGGACCGAUGCCGACCUAUGUAGGCUCUGCUAGUGAUGUGAAGAAAAAUUUUCGGACAUUAAACGGAAGUACUGGAAACACAGACUCAAACAGAUACCACUUUGCCAUUUCAAACAAAAUGGUACAUCUCAUGCUACUUAUUUCAUGACGCAUUUAUACUAUUGCUAUCAGUUUCAACUCUAAAGUCUCAAAUUUUUAUCCACGUCGUCUAAGCUUCAUAAGCGAAGUUUCUAGCACUUCUUAACUUAAUACAGUGUUUCCAAUAAUUCCCUCAAUUCUGGAAACGCGUUCUUCCGAAUAUUUCCGAAGACAUUUUCGGAUCUUUUGCAUCAAUUUUUAGGAUGCGUUGUGAAAAGUUUAGGAACGAUUCUAACAUGAUGUAUUGGAACAAAAGGUUCUAAGUUUCGCUGUACAGAAGCCACGAGUUUCUUGUGGCUUUCAUCUCGCUUUCAUUCGCAAUUCUUUACGCAAACCGAAAAAUCGGGAGAGUGGAUUUGAGAAAUUACAUACAGGCUCAGGUACUUAGUCGAUACUUUUUGCUUUUUUCACGACAAGUGAACUUAAUUCAGUGUUCAGUAUUCGAGGGAGAAUACCUUACUUGGUAGUAUUUAUUAAUUUGUACGAUGCGUUGCUCGCAGUAUUUUUUAGGUAGUCUGUCACAUAAGACAGGCGCUCGUUAUGCGAUACAUAUGUACCUUCUGCCGGACGCUUGUUGUUCCUACGGCAACCUUUUAUAUUUUUUUAUUUAUAAUUCUUAUGUUAAGUUUUUAUUCAAAAAUACCCAUUUUCGUUUAUAUUUGUAUUUAUAAAUGCUUUCGUUGAAGUUUUAAAUUUAACUUUUUUAAUUUAUUCCUUUUUUUUAAAUUGAAACGCUGAUGUUCUUAGCGUUUUAACAACCUGUAAUGGAGAUGCCGAAAAAAUUACGCUUUCUUAAAGUGUUCUAUAAGUGCAAACACGACAUGUAAAGACCCGUCAUUUUUCGUUUGUAGAUUCAAUUGGGGCUGAUCUUGUAGAAUAAAUAAAUCUAGAGUCA